GAGCACGGGUUUGUGACCCGCGGCUCCGCCGGGUUGCUGUGACUUUUUGCAAUGGAAGACGCAGCACUCGCCAGUGAUGGAACGUAUUACCAGAUUCUGGGCGUAGCGCCUGAUGCCAAUGGCGAGGAAAUCAAGCUGCAGUAUCGGAAGCUGGCUUUGAAGCUGCAUCCGGACAAGAAUCAGCAGGACCCGAAUGCCAAAGAGAAGUUCCAAAGCCUUCAGGAAGCUUAUGAGGUCCUCUCGGAUCCUGAUCGGCGGAGUGCGUAUGACCAGAACAGCGACUUCAUCAUGAAAGCCUUUGCAGAGUCCGCUGGUGGGGAGGAGCAGGAAUCCUUCCUGGCGGUGCCGUCCUCCAGGACUUUCUGGUGUCUUUUGGUCGAAGCGUGUAUCAGUGACGAUGCAAAAUCCUUAUCACAGUUGGCAUCGCAGCUGGAGGAUGAGAUUUGGGUGGAGCUGGCAGGAGGUGGGGUCUGUGGCUUCACGCUGCUGCACUUUGCCGCCUUCGCGGGGAAGAGCAAGGCCUGUCAGACGCUGAUCGACUUGGGGGUCAACAUUAACGCCAAGACCCAGCCGCUUUGUGUGACUCCCUCUCAGCAAUUCUGCCGCCCCACGCCCUUGGACCUCACGAUCUUCGUGGCCAACAAGCGUGCGAGGGAACAGGUCCAACGUGUCCUACAAGCAGCAGAUGCCAGCUACGGUGGUGUGAAGAUGGAGAGCCUGGACAAGCUAUGGCUCGGCUUGAUCAAGCAUCAACUUUUGCUCAUCAAGGACGAGGUGGUAAAAUACAACAGCAAGAUUCCUUCAGCUUUGCGGCGGGUGCUCCGGACCGAGCCACGGUGGCGGGAGAUUGUGAACUUCCCAGGCGAGGAUGCAGCUACAAUGGAAAGAAAGCGUUUAAGAAAAGCCUUCACUGUUUGGAGGCGCAAGUUGCUGUGGGUCCUGGUGGGUGACGCCUCGAUGGUUUGGAAACACCGGCUGGCCGUGGUUGCGUGGAACUUCUUCCUUUUCCUGAUCAGCUGGUGGCUCUUUGGUUUUCAGACCUUCGAGCUACUUCAGGCCAUCCUGGUCUCGAUGGUCCUCAUGGCUUCGAGCAGUUUGCCACGGCAGAUGGAGGCUGCAGAGCUUUGGCAGCGGCUUCCCUCCCAGGCAGAUCUUCAAAGCAGACUACCCAGCGAGCAGCUGAUGGAACAGCAGCUAGCCAAGGCUUGGCAGAAGCUCCACACAGCCAGCAUCAUGGUGGAGGAGUUGCUCCUGGCAGCACCAGAUGAGAUCCAAAAGCUCCGAGCGAUGGGUGUCCAGAGCUAUGCCCAAGACGCUAAGGCACGCUUCGAUGUUUGGCAAGCCAUCGAAGAGCCGGAAGAGGCUGUCGAAGAGCUCGAGGAGGAGGAACCCAACGCCAAGGAUGAGCAGCGGAGGAAGAAGUCUGCCGCUAUCGCCAGCAAGAUCAAAGGCAUCAAAGCGGGUGAAGCGGUGGCCAACUCCGACGCUCUCCGGCGGAACAAGGGCCGGCGCCGGCACGUGAAGUGAGACUGCUGCCAGUUCAGUGCCUUUCACCGCUUGUCCGGUUUCAAGAAAGACCUGAGAGUCCCCAUUCUGACACAGAUACCGGCACCCGAUAAAUGUUUGGGCG